AUGAUGUUGUUGUCGUUCCUGCUGUUGGUGAUGGUCCUGUUGUCAAAAGUUGCUUGUACACCAAACCUGGCUCUACACAAAACUGGAAACCAAAUUUCACGGUGGAACCCGACAUUGGACAUGAGCUUGGCACUCGAUGGACGUCACGGAACUACUUUCGGCGCAGGGGACUGUAUGAUAACCAACCAAAUAAAUACGACCAAGUGGGCUCAGGUCGACCUUGAGAUGUCCUACUCUAUACACACCGUCAGGAUCCUAAACAGAGGCGAUGCCUUCCCCCAGAGACUAGCCAACUUUAGCGUAUACGUUUAUGAGGAAGACCCGAUCGAAUUUCCUAUGGCAAACAAAAAGCUUUGUGCACAUUAUCCAGGAACUGUCGGCGCUGCUCAGUGGGCGGAGCUGUCAUGUGAGAGUCACGUGACCGGAAGAUACGUCAGAGUCAGCAAAUUCAAUCCAAAGCCAGAGGUUCUACUUCAGAUCUGCGAGUUGGAGGUGUAUGGAGAGAGAGCCAGAGGAAGCGGUGAGUACUACUUAGAGGUGUACGGAAAUCUAGCCAAAGACAGAGGUAACAUUGUUUUAGAGGUGUACGAAGAUAGAGCCAAACAGAGAUAA